GGCGGGCGGCGAGGGCGGCGGGGGCCCGGGGCCGGCGGGCAGCAGGAGGCUUCCCCGGGCCGCGGGGGGCCCCGCCGCCGGCUCCAGGCAGCCCAGCGUGGAGGCCCUGGACAGUCCUACAGGGUCACAUGUUGAGUGGUGUAAACAGCUUAUAGCUGCUACAAUUUCUAGUCAGAUUGCAGGUUCAGUGACAUCCGAAAAUGUAUCCAGAGAUUACAAGGUGUUCAGGAGGCCUGAUAUAAGGGCUCUAAGGGAUGGGAAUAAGCUGGCACAGAUGGAAGAAGCUCCACUUUUUCCAGGAGAAUCAAUCAAGGCCAUUGUUAAAGACGUCAUGUACAUCUGCCCAUUUAUGGGAGCAGUGAGUGGCACCCUGACAGUGACGGACUUUAAAAUGUACUUCAAAAACGUAGAGAGGGAUCCACAUUUCAUCCUUGAUGUUCCCCUUGGAGUCAUCAGUCGAGUGGAGAAGAUUGGAGCACAGAGCCAUGGAGACAAUUCUUGUGGUAUAGAGAUUGUGUGCAAGGAUAUGAGGAACUUGCGACUUGCUUAUAAACAGGAAGAACAGAGUAAACUGGGGAUAUUUGAAAAUCUCAACAAGCAUGCAUUUCCUCUUUCCAAUGGGCAGAUGCUAUUUGCAUUCAGCUAUAAAGAAAAAUUUCCAAUUAAUGGCUGGAAAGUUUAUGAUCCAGUAUCUGAAUAUAAGAGACAGGGUUUGCCCAAUGAGAGUUGGAAAAUAUCCAAAAUAAACAGUAAUUAUGAGCUUUGCGACACCUACCCUGCCAUCAUUGUUGUGCCAACUAGUGUCAAAGAUGACGACCUUUCAAAAGUGGCAGCCUUUCGAGCAAAAGGCAGAGUCCCUGUGUUGUCAUGGAUUCAUCCAGAAAGUCAGGCAACGAUUACCCGUUGCAGCCAGCCACUUGUGGGUCCAAAUGAUAAGCGCUGCAAAGAAGAUGAAAAAUACUUGCAAACAAUAAUGGAUGCUAACGCACAGUCACACAAACUUAUCAUCUUUGAUGCCCGGCAAAACAGUGUCGCUGACACCAACAAGGCAAAGGGUGGAGGAUAUGAAAGUGAAAGCGCUUACCCAAACGCUGAGCUUGUGUUCUUGGAAAUCCACAACAUUCACGUGAUGAGAGAGUCACUCCGGAAACUAAAGGAGAUCGUUUACCCGUCCAUCGAUGAGGCCCGGUGGCUGUCCAAUGUGGACGGGACGCACUGGCUUGAGUAUAUAAGGACGCUUCUUGCUGGGGCAGUCAGAAUUGCCGAUAAAAUAGAGUCUGGGAAAACGUCGGUGGUGGUGCACUGCAGCGACGGUUGGGACCGAACAGCCCAGCUCACGUCCCUGGCCAUGUUGAUGUUGGACAGCUACUACCGGACCAUUAAAGGAUUCGAAGCUCUCAUAGAAAAGGAGUGGAUAAGCUUUGGACAUAGGUUUGCACUGCGAGUGGGCCACGGCGAUGACAACCACGCUGAUGCGGACAGAUCCCCUAUAUUUCUUCAGUUUAUUGACUGUGUUUGGCAAAUGACAAGACAGUUUCCUUCAGCGUUCGAGUUUAAUGAACUAUUCUUGAUCACAAUCUUGGAUCACCUUUAUAGCUGUCUCUUUGGGACUUUUUUGUGCAAUUGUGAACAACAGCGAUUCAAAGAGGAUAUAUAUACGAAGACUAUAUCUUUAUGGUCUUAUAUCAAUAGCCAGCUAGAUGAAUUUUCUAAUCCCUUCUUUGUGAACUAUGAAAACCACGUAUUAUAUCCUGUUGCUAGUCUGAGUCAUUUGGAAUUAUGGGCAAACUAUUACGUACGAUGGAAUCCACGAAUGAGACCUCAGAUGCCAAUUCACCAGAAUCUCAAGGAGCUGCUGGCCAUCAGGACGGAGCUGCAGAAGAAGGUGGAGGAGCUGCAGCGGGAGGUGGCCACGCGCUCCAUCUCGUCCUCUUCUGAGCGCGGCUCCUCACCUUCCCACUCGGCCACCCCGGUGCACACUUCCGUCUGACGGACGAGCGCCGGGGGCAGGCGCUUCCUGCAGGUCCCCAGGUCUCAGGACCUUCCGUGGGUAAGGAAAGGGCUUGGCGGUCCUUUGGCGGCUGCCGUUCCCACUGCAGCUUCUGAUCUUGUCUUUUAGGAUUAGGCCCAGCGGCCUCGUGUCUGGAUGGCCUUUCCAGCCAUCGGCCGGCCAUUCGUGAGGCUCAGCGACAGCUCCAGCUGAGCCCCCUUUUUGCCAGCGCGUUUUGUCUCCUGAACAGCCUGUUCUCUCUCGCCAGCAGUUUCACAGGGGCCCCGGCUGUCGGGUUGGCCCCAGGAGCCACGUUCUACCAGUUCAGGCAGCUUUGGGGCAACUAGUGUGAAUUAGUGCGAUACUUAGGGUUAAGGGAGUUGUACAUGAAUUAUUUCACGGCUCAGUACUUCAUUCAAAACAGACCCCGAUCACUUUCCACGUUGGCCGGCCAUGUGGCAUCUUUGUUCUUUGCUACACCUUGAAAACUGUUCUGAAAUAUUUGGUGGGGGGGAGAUAUUGCGAUCUCUUCCAGUCCCUUCACGCGAGGGGUCCUCCUGUACCAGUACUGUUGUGUACAUAGAAGGUAUUUUUAACCAAGAGAAACAUGCCUUUAUUUUCCUAUGUCCUUUUUUUAUGUUUAGAAUAGUCACCCAAGAAACCUCAUGCUAACUUUCACGUGGUACGUGUGAAACCAGGUUUGCAGAUGGCCAUUUAAAGGGAACCAGUGUGCCCUUGCCUCACUCUGGUACUUGCCCCCUAGGGCAGCCCAGGUGGGAAUGAGGCAUGCUCCGCCCUUCCCUGGUGAGGGGUAAACCGAGGACUCGGCCUGUCCCCCGCAGCCGCAGGCCUCCCCAUGGAUUCCUUCCAGGAGCCAUGCCCGUGGACUGGCGCUGGGGCUGCCCUGGCCUCCUCCCAGCUUUCCAGUUGUCUGGGGCAAAGCAAGCUGCAGCCGCCCUCGCCUGUGACAAGAUCCCCUAGCUCCAUGUAUUCGCGCCACUGCAUGCCACUGUCGUAAAGCAACCCCUGUGCCGGGGCUUCCGUUGCCAAAGGCUUCACUCCACCUGCUGGGGUUGCAACUUUGGGUGGUGACCUUCGUGUGGUGAUGGUGAGCUCUGGCCUCUGCAGAACCCUGCAGCCAGCGGGCCACGCCCUCCUCCCCCAGCCUAGGGGCACACCCCAGUCCGGCGCACUGGCACGGGCCUGGUUGUUUCCAAUGACUGGAUGCCACACAGAGUCCUU